AUGGAGAUUGAGCCAAGAAAAGAGACCAUUUCUCAAGUUAACAGUUUUUCCAGAUUCCAGGUGGAUGAAAUGCAUGACAUUAACAUUAUUGAAUGGAGCAAAAAAAGAAAAUUGCAGGGUUUUCAGUUGGAUUUGCUUAGACCAAAACAUAAAUGUUGGGUUGAGAGUGUUUCUUCUGAAGAUGAAUCAAUGACCGAUGAUAGUCCAAUUUUAGUGAGUGCAAACAACGACGCGGUUAAUAGUAGAAUGGAUGCUGCACAUGUUGAUGAUAGAUCUGAACCCGAAUCUGUCAAAGACAGCAAUAGUUUUAUGGAAGACACCGAUACUUCCAUGUCUGUAAAUGAAGAAGCCAAACUCGAGGCAGAUUGUGUGAAUACUUACCUCUGUGUUAAUAGGCUAAGCUAUAGUGAAGACGAAACGUUUAUCGAUAGCAAAUACAAUCCAUCCUACGAUGAUCCUGAUACAAAACCAAUGGAGAAUUCGGAGGAGCAUCUUUCGGAGGCGCAUCUUCUGGGAUAUUCAGACAAUGUUAAAGACAUCAACGAUGAUCAAUAUGUAGAUAAGGAAUUUGAAGAUUUUCUCUUUUCUAAUGGCGUGAAUCCCGACAAGUAUGUUCUUUCAUCCAAAGUAUUGUUACUAAACCAAGGUAUGCAUUAUUCCGUACCCGUUACACUGCAAAUAUGCGAUAAAGAUAGGAUCAUGACACAACUUGUGAAAAUAGUUUAUUUUGGUCAGUAA